AUGCCGCUGGUGGUGCUGUGCGGGAGGCCGGGCAGCGGGAAGAGCCGGCGGGCCGCGGAGCUGCGGGAGGCUCUGGGCGGGCCCGAGAGGCAGGCGCACGUCGUGGCCGAGGCGGAGGGCGGCCGGGCGGCGCUGCGGGCCGAGGUGGAGCGGCUGCUGAGCCGGCGGGACGUGGUGAUCGUGGACGCGGGUAACGAGCUGCGGAGCAUCCGCUACGAGCUGUACUGCACGGCGCGGCAGGCGGGCACGGCACGCUGCCUCCUGCACUGCGCCGGGGGCACGGGCCGCCCCGACGAGCCGCCCUUCGAGCCUCCCGACCCGGGCAACCGCUGGGACCGGCCGCUCUUCACGGUGCACGGCGAGGAGCCGCUUCCGCUGGCCGACAUCCGCGCCGCCCUCUUCGAGACCGCCCCGCCGCCGCCGCACCGCGCCACCCGCACCCAGCCCCUGCAGUCGUGCGGCUUCCUCCAUCAGCUCGACCGCGUCACCCAGGAGGUGCUGGCCGCCGUCAUGGCCGCCCAGAGGAGCGGGGUGCAGCCCGGGGAGCUGGUCCGCGUCCCCGGCGUCGCCGAAGGGCUGGUGCUGAACCGGCCCGUGAGCAUGGCCGAGCUGAGCCGUCUGCGGAGGCAGUUUAUCAGCUACACCAAGAUGCAGCCCAGUGAUGAAAACUUGCCCCAGCUGGCCAGCAUGUUCCUGCAGUACCUGAGCCGCAGCAUCCAGUGA